AUGGCCGAUUGGUUCACCUCUAUCACCGCAAUAGUUAUGAUAUUAUUCACUCAGGUUUUGGGAUCAAGUGUGUUCGAGAUAGAUCUCCAUCAUUUUCAGAAUUCCAAAGGUUUGCUGGCAAAUGGGCGCAGCUGCGGCUUGAGCGGCUGCAGGACUUUUUUCACGGUGUGUUUGAAGAACUUCCAGACAGAGGUGUCUUCUGGGAGGUGUUUGUUCGGGAGAGCGAGCACACCUGUGCUGGGCACCGACUCGUUCAGCAUCCAGCAGGACGGGAGGCUGCGCGUGCCGCUCAGCUUCACCUGGCCGGGUGCUUUCUCUUUAGUUAUUGAAGCCUGGUUUUCUCCAGCAGCCGAGCAGCCUGAAGAUCCCAGCAACCCUGACCUGCUCAUCGGCUCCUUUGCCAUUCAAAAACAUUUGGGAAUAGGGCCCGAGUGGUCCCAGGAUGUGCAGACCGGGGCGCAGACGGAGCUCAGGUACUCAUACCGGAUCAUCUGCAAAGAAAAUUACUACGGGGACACUUGUUCCAAAAUAUGCACACCGAGAGACGACCGUUUUGGCCACUUCACCUGCAAACCUGACGGGGAAAUAGACUGUCUGCCUGGAUGGAAAGGGGAAUACUGCCAAGAACCAAUCUGUCUGGAAGGCUGCAAUGCAAGUAAUGGAACCUGCACAGUACCAGGAGAAUGCAAAUGCAGAGAGGGCUGGCAGGGACUCUUUUGUGAUGUGUGUAAACUCCAUCCGUCCUGUAAACACGGUACCUGUACAGAGCCGUAUCAGUGCACCUGCAAGGAAGGCUGGGGAGGCAUCUUUUGUGACCAAGAUCUGAACUACUGCACCAAUCACAAACCCUGCGCCAACGGGGCCACGUGUCUGAACACAGGCGAGGGCAGCUACACCUGCACCUGCCUGCCAGGCUUCACCGGGGUCAACUGUGACUCAGAGGUCAAGGAGUGUGACAGCGAGCCCUGCCUCAAUGGAGGCCGCUGCCUGGACUCAGAGACUGGCUUUACAUGUGCAUGUUUGAAGGGAUUUGAAGGCCCACAUUGUGAACACAAGAUACUGACCUGUGCAGACAGACCGUGCUUCGGAGGCAAGUGCAAAGAGAGGGAUAACGGCCAUAGCUACAUGUGCGAGUGCCCAGCUGGAUACACUGGACUCAACUGUGAGAAGAAAAUGGACAAAUGUACCUCACUGCAAUGCUCCAACGGUGGACACUGUGUGGUUCAGGGUAACCUCAGGUUGUGCAGCUGCCGCUCCGGUUUCACAGGACUGCGCUGUGAGAUCAACGUUGACGAGUGCGCCAGGAACCCGUGCGCUAACGGCUCCACCUGUAUAGACCGGAUCAACGACUACACCUGCACCUGCCCGCCAGGUUACACGGGCCGCCACUGCGACAGACACACAAACCGCUGCGCCUCUCAGCCCUGCCUCAACGGUGGAACCUGCACCAAUGGGCCUGCGGGGAAACCCACCUGCAGCUGCCCUGCCCCCUACAGCGGCCCCCAAUGCCAGGACAGAGAUCCGCGAUCAGUCAACACUCCCAGCCCCAACAGAGGCUUGGAGUCCAGUGAGAAGCUGAACCUGGUGGCCAUCAGCUUGGGUAUUGGCCUGGUGGCCGUCCUGGUGCUUCUCUGCAUGGCGGCGGUGGUCGUACGUCACAGAAAAAAACAAAACGAGGAGCAGGACUCUGAGACAAUGAACAAUCUCUCCAAGGCAGAGUUUCAGAAAGAGAACCUUAUCUCGACCGUUGAGCUCAAGAACACAAACAAGAAGGUGGAUGUGGAGGUGGAUUGUCCUACAGAAAAGUUGAAUCAUAAACUUAUCAACCACUAUCACCUGGACUACAAAUCCUCCAUGAGGUACAAGGACGAACUGUCCCUUUUGGACAAAGAUGAAAACUGUGAAAAGAUAAUAGGAGACGACAAGCAUUUGAGUAGAAUGUACAGUGAAAGGCCCGAGUGUAGAAUAUCAGCAAUAUGCUCCUCUAGAGAUUCAGUCUACCAGUCUGUUUUUGUUGUAGCAGAGGAGAAAAAUGAAUGCAUCAUCGCAACGGAGGUAUAAUAAUCAAAUCAUAUUACUCGUUGUCUGGUUUGGAUUCCUUGUGGACUGUUUACAAGUGUGAAGAGACUGGGAUUUAUUUAAAUGCAAGAUGCUGCUCUUAAAAACUUGAUAACUGGAUGUGCUCUUUGACUAAAGAAGAACUAAAGCUAAUAAUCGUUGUGAGAAUGUACAGACUGAAGCAAAAGACUGUUGGAAAAAAAAAAAAAAGAGCAAAUCUGGAUUUGCCUUUGAUAUUUUCGACUCAAACUUUCGCCUGCUUCGCUCAAGAUACUUUGAGGGA